AAACAAACUGUUACAAACUAAUUGUGAAUGCCCUCGUCAUUAUGUGAGGUGUGAUGGCGGGGGGCUUCAGCUUAAAAUGUGGGUGUUUCUACACUGCUUUAUCCAAACAAUUCAAACUCUGUGCAGUGGGGCAUGUGCAUCGGAAAGACAGGGGUCUGAAAACUUUCUGUGUUUCAAAUCUCAAAAUGAAAGGGAGAGACAAAGAGCCGUGGGGUUGCUGUGAUAGCCAACACUGUGAGAGAACAGCACUUCUUCUGGGGUUUGAUUAUGUCUUAGAAAUGUAUGUUUCCAGUUGGGCUUUCCUGUUAUGCUAAAAGUGUGGGCAUAAAAGUACUAUUAUAUUCUUAAAACAACAUACUUAUAUAUUAUUUAUGUGUAAUAUGUAUAUAUUACAAAUAGUAUAUUAUAUAUACCCAUGUAUAUAUUUAUAGUGUAUAGUUAUAUAAGCACCAUAUAGUUUUCCAAUAUCUGAAGUGAGGCCCCAAAAGUUCCUCAGACCCAUUUUUCCCACUUUUAUAAUGUCUGUAAGAAAGUGGGAGGUUAUGUAGUUUUUCUAUUGAAAUCAAUCAAAAGAUAUCAAUACAAAUAUCUUCAAUUGUUUUUAUACUUUAUGAGAUCAAUAAGUCACUUGUUCUUUAACUAAAACUGCAUUAAACCAUUGACCUUUCUAGAUAGUUGGGUUCAAUUUGACUAGCCAAAGUCUAAUUAUUUUUAUCGAAUAGGAAAUUAAUUUUAGAAAUUAUUCUAAACUUCAUACCACAUUUAUGGAUACUAAAGUUUCUUAAUUAGAAGCCCAUUUUAGAAGCUGUUUUAGAAACCACACUUUAUAAUUAUACUGGCAUAUGUCACUUAGGCUUAAAUUUUAUUUCACUCAACUUUAUAAAAACUCUUUAAAAGUAAGGAAAACUGAUUUCAUAUUAUUAAGGAUGCCGUCAAACGGUUACUUAAAAUUUUUUAUGUGGAAAAAGAUCACUUUCACUUUGAAAUGAAAAUCCUAAGAAUGGAGAUAUUCAAAUCUUACACAAAUCAGACCUAGAGGACAGGUCUCAGAAGCACAUUCAUGUUCUCGGUGGUUGGUUUUUAAUAACAAGUUGGUUAUGAUAAAGAACUGCUCUGAUCCCAGCCAGGGAGCUGAAGCCGUUUUCCUAGUAAUCAGUCUUUAAGUCUGUCUCUGUAAUUGUAAUCUUUCAGAAAGCUGAGUUUCUCGUCUGAAGCCAAUUGCUCAGUUUAGCGUUGACCUGGUGAGUCAUGUUACCCAUGACCAUGUAGGCAUUAGUGAUACAGCUUAAAUACUAGCCAGGUGUAGGGAUGCCAGUCCACACUGCUUCCGAAUCUGUGGCUCCAAGGACCAUUUGAAGCAAAGGUAAUUAAAGCGAUAUCAUCUAUUACCGUUUAAAGUAUGUGGGACAGUCUUGGGUGGACUAGCUCAAUGAUUUAUACCGUGUCUACGUACUAAGAUAAGGAGAUUUUAGAGUUUGGAUCCUGAAAAUAUACCAGAGGAAAACACGAGACAGAAAGGGUGAAAAGGGAGCCUGAGUUCACACAAAAUGAUACAAACUCAGCCUGAGUUAAGCUUCAGUAUGUCGCAGAAGCUGGCAGAUAAUCCAUAGGUAGAUGGAACUUGCCUCGAAUGUUGGGGACCAGGCUUCAUUAAAAUAUGGUGAAGCUGUUCUUUUAUAACCAAACUCCAUAGUACAAUGAUUUAUUUCAAAAUGCAGUGGGUAAGUUAAUUCUAAAUAAGUCUGAUUUUACAAACGUGAAGGUUUACUUCAGAAAUGUGGGUUCCCAAGGGCGGCGCAGGCCUUCUUCAGUUGCUUUAUCGAGGUUGCUAACGUUACACUUUUUCUUAUCAACCUUUCUUGCCUUGCAAAUGUUUCUCAUAUCAUUUCCUUCCUAGAGGACUCUAAUUGUCAGCGACAUCCAGGGCCUACGGACUGGUCAGUCUCAUGAAGGCACAAAAUUUGUGCACUCCCCAGAGACUGUUCUUGCCUUUUAGCUGUGACAGCCACAUCCUCACUAUAACAUUAAAGACAAAAACAUUUGUAGAAACAUCACUGUCUCAAGUCACUUCGAGGGCAGCACAGCUGGAUGUAGGCAGAACUGUAAGGUGUAAGGGAGGGGAGCUGGUGCUGCAGGUAAUGUAAUGAGCCAGAGGAUGUCUCAUCCGAACGCUUCUUAAAGUUUUUCCAAGCUUAAAAAUAAGAAAUGCAGGUCUAGAGUCGGGAUUUCUCCUGACCACUGUCAGCGUGUCUACCUCAAAUCGUCUGUUGGAAACAGGACAAGGAAGGAAACUAGACUCCAUCACCUAGUUCUUUACCUCCAAGCUCUCCCUUCAGAAUGAAGCUUUUGCUCCUGGCCUCCCUGCUGAGUGCUGCAGCCGCUCUGCCAAUCCCUCUUGGACAAUCUGGAGGGAGUUCCAGUGAACAGAGAUUUAACUUGUACCCACCACAAAUCCUGCCGUUCUUUCCUCAGUUUCCCCUUCCGCAGGCUCCUCUGAUCCCGAUUCCUUUUCCCUUCCCUUUUGAUCCUAAUCAGGUUCUGACACCUAACCAACUUCUGGCGUUAAUCACUUCUAUUUUGAACCAACUGCAGGUAAAUCUUAUUUUCAUAAACUACGAAGUCACUAAGUGAACUGUGGUGAGUGUUUAACUUUUUUUUUCUUAUUUUUUUUAGGGCUUCCUUGGGGUAAGAUUUUAUUUCUGGUUAUAUUGAUAAAGGUGACGUCCAUUGUCAGGGAAGGGGGGGGAAAACCCCUCUAAACCAACCCAAUGCAUUAAGCCAGUCAUAGCCCAUGGUGUUAUGAAUUCAGUUCCCAGACCUUUAGGCCUGGGUCUCUGCAUCUCUAACAGUAAGUACCCUCUCACAAGGCAGUUUCACAAAGUUAAGAUUAUGGAAGUCAACACAACAUUAGGUCAUGAACUCUCAAGUACUUACAUUUUGCUUUAGGCUUACUUCCCUCUAACAGACAAUUCACAGUAACAGACUGAGAAAAGCCCAUUGUAAAAUUACCGAAUGCAAUCAUGGCCUGACCUCAAGGCAGUGCCCAAUCCCAAUUUUAAGGGGGUGGGGGUGGGGGGAUGUGUUUUCAGCCACCAGCCUUCCUUGCAUUAAGUUUUACUGCCCUGGAAUAUUACUAGUCCCUUUCACCACCGUGAAGAUUCCCCUCCGUCAGACCUCCACACACCAUGUGGAAGAAAUUACCCUCUACUUAACCCAAGAUACUUAAGGUUUCAGUUUCUCAGCGUUUGCAGAUUACCAAAGCACAUGGUUUUCUAUGCCAGUCUCCCAGUCACACCAGUAUUAACACAGCAACAUCAAAGUAAACAUAAGACCGGACAGGCCGGCGGAGGCAGGAGGGGAAUCCUGAAAAUGUCUCAGAUACUGACAGUAAAUGCUCUCUAUUCCAACAGAGAUAAUCUUCCCGGCUACAUCUGAAGACGCGCACGGUGAGUACAGUCUCCAAAACUCUUUCAUGAACUAAUAUGUUAAGUAAAUAUUCCCAUUUUUUUUUAUCGUAAGAGUUUUGCCACCACAGAUGGCAUCUCUGUUAGUAAUUUAACACCAAGAUAAAAACAAUUCGGAAGACCAACGUAACGCCACAGGGUGUGUUUCUCCAAGCAUGUUUUGUAACUGUAUUUGAGUGGGCUGGGCUGUGGCUCAGUAGGAGGACUGCUUGCCCCUCACGUGGAAGGCACUGGGGUACACUCAUAGCACCACAAUAUAAUAAAAUAUGAAUUUAUUUGGCAAGACUCCAGAAAUAGAAUAUAUAUAUCACAGAAGUUCUGAAUAUUUAAAACUUAUCCUUUCAAGCCAGAGUGGUCUUGAAAAAUAGCUGGAAUUUUCAAGUUCCCUCUAUAACCACACCUUUAACUUUUAAGACAAUUAUGACAUUAAGUAAA